UUGAUAUCUUCCUCCGCCGCUCAUCCUUCUCCAAUAACCGGUGAGGAGCACUCAAAUACCCUGCCGUGUGACGCCCUUGUCGCGCCACAUCGCUGGAUUUGUUGUCUCCCUCGACGCUCAUCUUUUUUUUCCUCCCCCUCGCCGCAAAUUACCAGAGCUCUCAAAUAGCGGUCGCCCUAUGGCUCGCCACGCAAGCAAACGGGGGCACCACGACCCAUGCGUGAGUAGGCUGUGCGACCAUGGCAACCUGGGCACCGCUGGAUGUUGCAACCGGUGGAGUAUGUGGUCAGUACCUUAACGAAAGUAGAUUUUUUUUCCAAAACACUCAUGUAACUUUUAGUUUAUCGCAAAUAUUUGGUGUUCAUCAUCAUUUAUUUUUGUUUUAUCUGAUGUACUAUGUUUAACCGAUCAGUAAAACCGCCAAAGUCAGACCUCUCAGUCUUCGAUCCUCCUCGAGUUCGUCCAUCUAGAUGGUGCUCCGGAUUAGAUUCCUGACAUUGCCUUGGGGUGAAAAGAUUAGGGUUUUUGUCGUGCAUGCGCGACAGCAAAAUUUGGUGUCCGUUUCUUCAUAUCUAUUCAAGGGUUCAUCAGUGACGACUAAGGCUUCAGAGCAUUGGUCCUUAGGGGCAUUUGCACAAUGACUUUCUGUCUGUCAUCGACAAGAUCAAGCCAGCUUCGGUAGGAGAGCGGCGACAAUGGCGUGUCGGCGUAGUGGUCAUUCGGUGGUCUAGAUACCUUGAUGUGAUUUUUAAUAUGUUUGAGAUGCUUUGUAUUUCUGAUGAAGUUUUGUGAUAGAUCUGAAUCUUUUUCGCACAUAAAAAAGAGUAGUUUAAUUUUCGAAGAAGAUAUAUUCCUGCCUGGAAACUGCAAGAGUCUGCGAAUGGUAUAGGGAAAACUUGCUCAAAUUCGUUUUCUUUUUCAGCAAGCACAUCGUGCAGGUUUAAGCCCUUCCUGACAGGUGGGCUCCUUUUUCUCAGACAACCAAAACCCUCCUCGCAAAAAACUCUUAAAAUCUGGAAGAAAAACCCUCUUCACCGGCGCCAUGGCCCUCCUCGCCGCGGCCCGCCGGGCCUCCUCCCUAUCCAUCAUCCGAGGGGCCUCCACGCUUCUCCGCCCCACGUCCUCGUCGGCGACGGCGAUCAGGUGGAGCUCGUCCUCCUCCCUCGACGCCGCAGUCUCCUCCUUCGAGUCCUCCGGCGCCUCCCUCAUCGCCGCACUGGACUCUUACCGUCACAGCACCGUGACCGAGGAGUCCGCCCGUACCGUGUUGGGCCCCCUCCGUGCCUUCUUGACCGAGACCGAAUCCCUGAGCGCCACCAUGUUCGACCUUGAGCUCCUCGGCGCCAUCGACUCCGCGAUCAAGUCCCGCAACAAGGACGGCGAGGCCCCCACCGAGCUCCAGUGUCUCCUCGCUAAGAUAGAGGAGACCGGGGAUUACUUUCCCUUUGAAAUCUCUGAAAAUAAGUGUCGUGUCAGCAUUACACUUACAAGAACUUUAAAGGGUGAGAAGAUUGAGGUUGUGGCAUCAAAGCCCUGCUUGGACGAUGGCGACGACGACAAUAACUCCUCAUGCACCUCGCAUGAGGAUGUAGAAUCGUCUUCAGCGUCCUCGAACGAGAAUCUAGAAGAAGACGGUGGCCAGAAGAACAAAUUAAGAUCUAGCAUCAACCUAGAGGUCACCAUCUCCAAGGGCGAUGGCUCAAAGCUUGCGUUCACCUGCUUCGCGUAUCCCGACAAUAUAACCAUCCAUUCCAUGUGCAUGUUGUCGCGGACAGCUAAAGAUGAUGUUCAGGCUACAUAUUACGAUUUCGAUAAGCUUGAAGAGAACCUGCAGAAGUCAUUCGUGAAGUAUCUGGACCUGCGCGGGGUCACGCCAACGACGACAAACUUGUUGCGUGUGUACUUGAGCAGCAAGGUCCAGUCCAAGGAUCUGCUGAUGCUGACCAAGCUGCAGGAUUUCAUCAAGAAAGACUGAUCCUCACCGUUCAUAUAAUGUUCAUCAGAAAGGCAACAUGAUCUUAUGACUGUUCAGAAGUGUGCAUGGUUGCUUUUGCUUUAUCUCCUCUAGGAUUGUAAUGCUCGGCCUACAGAAAGUCAAAACCAUUUUAAUUAGGGUGCUUUG